GUAGCCCUCCCCCCCCUCCCCUUCCCCCCUAGCAUCCUGUCCGUUUCGUAAACCAGCGCGCUUGCCAGCCGAUCGCUAGCUAGCCAGCUCGUCGCCAGCCAGCGCACCAGCCAGCCUCCCAGUGCGUUAGCUAGCCCACUGCCAGCCAGCGCGUUAGUCAGCCCGCUGCCAGCCAGCGCACCAGCCGGCCCGCUUGCCAGCUCGCUAGCCCGCAUGCCGCCCGCCAGCUAGCCAGCACGCCGCCCGUUACUCUCAAUAAUGUUUCUCGGAGGCUCUUGUCAACGCGGUAAUGCAGCGCCGCCAUAGAACGCAACAUGGAUGAUGGAACGAGGGCCCGAAGCGGUAUCGUGAAGAAGUCACGAAAGGCUAUCGUGAGAGCGCGAAGCGAUAUCGUGCAAGUCCCCCUGGAAGAAGCUUACCGUGGCUGGUGUUGGUAGUAGAGUUUGUCAAGGUCAAAUCAUUAGAACGCAACUAGCGAGUUUGGACUCCUAUUGCUCGCGUAAGGCGUGUUCGCACCCAAGAGUCUAGGCGAUAGCGUUUCUUAGGUACUAAGCCUACCUAGUUGUCUGUGGCCUUGAUUCGCGGAUUGAGGCGCUUAGACGUCUCCUAGGGCUUGGUGCAGAGUAGGGAUCUAUUUUUGAGGCGCCUCAAAAAUAGACUCCUCACGCUUGGUGCAGAGUAGGGAUGGGGCGGCGGAAUAAAGGGCGGGGAGGGCAGCGCAACCAGCAUCAGUGGCAUCUCCAUCAGCAGCAGACUCAACCCUCCCAGCUGCAGCAGCGGCAGCAGCGGCAGCAGCAGCAGGGGCUGGAGGAGGAGCGGAAGAGGGAGGACCCCGCGAGCUGCGCGAUUCAGAAUGGCGUGCAGCAGCAGCAGCAGCAGCAGCAGCAAGCGUGCAACGACAACAGGGCUGCAUCCGCCAUGCCGCUGCGCAUCGAAGCUAACCAGGCCGGCGACGUGGCUGCAGCAGUACCAGCGGCGCUUAUGGCUUGCCGUGGGGAUGCCACUGUGGGCAACGAGGGGGACGUGGGGAGCCGUCAGGCGGAAAGCGGAGGGGGAAUGGAGGGCGUUUGGCAGCAGUGGCAGCAGCUGCAGGCCAGCAUGGGGCGGCAGAUGGAUUCCUUGGUUGCACAGCAGGCAGCGGUAGCAGCUAGAGAGGCAGCAGUGGGGGAGAGAGAGGAAGGAGUGACACAGAGAGAGGAGAGAGUGGGGGAGAGAGAGGCAGGAGUGACACAGAGAGAGGAGAGAGUGGAAGAGAGGGAGGAAGGAGUGACACAGAGAGAGGAAAGAGUAAGCGAGAGGGAGGAGUGGGUGAGGGGGAGAGAGUUGGAAGUGCAGCAGCAGAGAGGCCUGGGCUCGAUGCCUGCUGCUACAGUUUCUGCUGCGGCCAGUGGGGGGAAGGCAGCUCCAGCGGCACAGGUGGCUGAUUUGCGGCAGAGGGAGAAGCAGCUACAGGCGAGGCAGGCAGCAGUGGCGACGCAGCAGAGGCAGGUGUUUGAGAUGGAGCGACAGCUGGCAGGGCGGGAGAGAGCUCUGGAGCAAGAGUGGGCGCGGUACCGCCUGCAGCUGUGCAAGAUGGGGGAGAAGAAGGUGGGAGGAACAGAAGAGGGAGAUGUAAGGAUAGCUGGUACAGGUGGGGCUGAAGCGAAGGGCUGGAUUGAGGAGAGAGGAAAUGUGGCGAUUGGGGGAGAAGUAACAGCUGUAACAGCUGUAACAGCUGUAACAGCUGUAACAGCUGUAACAGGUGUAACAGGUGUAACAGGUGUAACAGGUGUAACAGGUGUAACAGGUGUAACAGGUGUAACAGGUGUAACAGGUGUAACAGGUGGGGAUGAGGGGCGGAAAGGGAAGGAUGAUUUGGGGAGCACUGAGAGGACAGGAGAGAGAGGAGCGGUUGGUGAGAGAGCGGUACAGGAAGGGAGUGAGGAGGAGUCAAGAGAGUGGAUGCGCGAGGGAGGUGUUGGUAGUACGGCAAAGGUGGAGGAAGCAGCAAGGAAUAUGGAGAGAGAGGAGGGGGGUGGAUCUGGCCCAGAAGACAUGGCCAGGGGAGGUCCUGCACCUAACCCUGCUGCUGCUGCUGCUGCUGCUGCUGCCGCGUCUAGUAAUAAUAAUCUCCCCCCUUCUCUUCCGGCGCCCCUUCCUGCACCUUCCGGUUUGCUUAUGGACAGUAUGGGGAAUGGCAGCAAGGGGGAUGGGCAAGAGGGGGGAGGAGGGAGCAUGGGAGAACCGAGUGUGGGUGGGGCGUGGCAUGAGGGAGGGGAUCAAGUGCAGAAGCGGCCAAAGCAAGAGGAGGAGGAGUGGGGAGAGCGUGUAGGGAUCCAAGUGACUGCAGAAACAGCUUCCGCACAGCCAUUAGCAGCAGAGGCGGCAGCACAGCCAGCACAGCUAGCACAGUCAGCACAGUCAGCACAGCCGGCACAGCCAGCACAGCCAGCAGCAGAAGCUGCAUCAGCAGUUGCGGCCCCAGAUGCGCAUGAGUUCAGGCUUGAUGCAGCAGUGAAAGUAGAGGCUGUGGAAGAAGCAGCAGGUGCAGGACCAGCAGCAGCAGGUGCAGGACCAGCAGCAGCAGGUGCAGGACCAGCAGCAGCAGCAGCAGCAGCAGCAGCAGAAGCAGCAGCAGCAGGUGCAGGAGCAGCAGUGAAGCAGGAAAGAAAAAGAAAGCAGAAGAGAAAGAGGAAGUCAGCGGCAGCGGCAGCAGCAGCAGGGGGAGGAGGCGCUCAGAAGGGUGAGGAAGCAGCUGAAAAUGGAGAGUUGAAGGAGGAGAAGCGCCACGCGACAGCAGCAGCAGCGCUGGAGUCGGACGCGCCGGAUCUGCUGCAGCUGCUGCGGCAGAGGGGGCUGCUGCAGGGGAUGCGGCUGUUCGACCUUGCAUACAUGCACGCUGCGCCAGACCACUCCCAGGAAUCACUCGCCGCCCCCCUGGGGGCCUCUGAACCUGCUCGAGAGUCGUGUGCUAUGGGUGGAGCGGCUGACAUGGGCAAUGGGCAUGGAGUGGGGGUGCAAGAAGGGAGUGAGAUAAGGGUGAACGGGGUGGAUGGUGGGGGGCAGGCGGGGUGUAAGGUGGAGUGGGGCGGGGAAGGGGUGGGUGGUGUUGUGCCGGGAGUGUGGACCGAGUUUGAUGACGCGUAUUCUGGUGGUAUUGGUGCUGCUGAUGGUGCUCAUGGUGCUGGUGCCAGUGCUGGUGAUGCUAUGGCGGAACCACAAUCAGGAUCAGCAGCAGGAGCAGCAGCAGCGCCAGCAGCAGCAGCAGUGGCAGCAGACGGAGCAGCGCCAGCGGCAGUAUCAGUGCCGUCUGACUUCUCGGACCUGCAAAGAAUCCUCUCCAAGCUCUACUCACACACGUGGGAGCGCCUGCCAGUGCAGUUGCCAGGGGCAGGGGGGGGAGCAGCAGGGUGGAACCGGCCGGCAUACUGCCUGGAGAAUCUCAUUGCGCUUAUCACACAGGCACAGGCCGUGCAGCAUGCGGGGUGGCAGGUGUCCUGGGGGUGGUGUGGGGCCAUCCGCUGCUUCCUCUUCGUCUUUCCGGACCAUAACAGAAUCAUCCUAGAGGCGCCGGAGUACGGCAAGGCGACAUACUUUUUUGAGGUGGAAGCGGGCGUGGCGGUGCAGUGGCAGCUGAAGCGCCUGCUCGCUGUCUUCGGCGCUGCUGCUGUCUCGCGCAUCGACGUCAUCAACAACCUGCCGCUCGAGGUGGGCGUUGACCUAUCAGAAGACGAGGCGAGGCGGUUGGAGCGGUACGGGUGGGUGCGUGGCACGGGGAUAGGUGAACUACUCAACUUCUGCGACCGCCUGAGACAUGACUACUCCUACUCCUUCCAGGGGGCACAGGGGGCGGAAGAGGCAGAGAGACAGAGGGAGAGGGAGGAAAAGGAGGAGAGGGAGCAGGAAAAGGGUGGGGAAGGGGAGGAGGAGGGAAGAGGAGAGGGUGCAGUGGAGAGUGGGGAGCAGGCAGAGUUGGAGAGACAGCUACGUCAGUACGAGCAGAGGCAACAACCGCAGCAGCAGCAGCAGCAGCAGCAGCAGCAGGAGCAGGAGCAUGAGCAUUUAAAGACAGACGUAGACGGGAAUGAGGCUGACACGAAGGGAGAGGGGUCUGAACGGCUCGCAGAGCCUGGUUGCAAACAGCCACAGCCCAUGCCCGAAACCGAGGCUAAUAGGCUCGGUUCUGAGCCCGAACCUGCAGGCGCGGUGGAGUCAGCAUCGUUGGUGCAGUGCAUAGAGGAGUGGAAGAGGCGCAUAGCCCAGAGGCUGAGAGAGGGCCGGCAGCAGGGCCUGUGCUCUCGGCUGCACCGGUACUGCCAGCAGCGUGCCAUACAACCGGAUUUUUGUGCUCUGAAUAAUUCUCUGCAGAAGCCGCAGGGCGUUAGACCCAAAGGCUUUGAGGCGACCAGAAAAACUGUUGAAACGAGUGUGCAGCAGGCGACUCAAAAGGCUGCUGAGACUGGGCUGCCACAGGGGGGCAGUGUAACGGCUCCUUUACCGCAGCGGAUUGACCGUGAGCUCGCUCAACUGCAGCAGCAGCAGCAACAGCAAGAGCAGAAACAACAGCAAGGGCAGAAGCAAGAGCAACAGCAAGGGCAGCAGCAGGAGGAAGAUUCUGAUGAUGACAGGCCCUUGCAGGCCCUUGUGCAGCAGCACCGGCAGAAGAAAACGAGAAGGGAGGUGAAGCCACAGCAGCAGCAGCAGCAGCAGCAGCAGCAGCAGCAGCAGCAGCAGCAGCAGCAGCAGCAGCAGCAGCAGCAGCAGCAGCAGCAGCAGCAGCAGCAGCAAGAACAGAAGGAGCGAGUUAGGGAGGGAGGGGAGAGUCCAGCUUGUGAUGUUGUAGGCACAGUGGGCAGAGGUGGGGCUCUGUGCACAGGAAGUGGUGUCUCUACCUUCUCCGAGCGCACUGCUCUGCUGUUGCAGAGCCCUAUAGAGAGGGCAGCAGCUGUUGGUGUGACAGGGCUUUCAGCAAUCGGACUUAGAGGGAAUCGCAUGGUUGGUGCGACAAUGGAUUCAGGCCUAUGUGCUGCAGUGAGCACACUGGGGAGCACUGAUUGCAGCAGCGUGCCCGCCAGCGCUCCAGGGGCAGGUGGCUUAACCACUGAGCUGUACCAAAAGAAGGAAGAGGCCGAAGACAAAGAGGUGGCUGUGCCGACUAAUGAGGUGGCAGCGGAGCUGCUUAUAAUGGGGAUGGAGAUGUCAUGGGGAGGGGUGGAUGGAAGGGGGCCGCUGGAUGAGUGGGUGGAGGAGGAGGAGGUAGGGGGGUUGAUGGGGGAAGAGUUGGGGGGAGACGGGGGAAUGGGAGAGGAUGGGGAGGCGAACGAGGGGUUGUCAAUGCAAGGUGGUAUGGGUAUGGCAGCAAAUGCUGUGGUUUGAAUGGGGGUUCCAAUUCAAUGAUUCUGGGCUUGAUCUAGCAGGAAUGGAUCUGCCCAGUCCACCACCACUGCAUGCUUGGACUGUUAGUUCGUACUAAUUUUGGCUGGCUAGCAAACAUACGGUGCUACGGUACUUUCUGGUUGGAACUCGCUUAUGUGUGCCUAGUGCUCUGCAGCAGUUUAGACAGCCCAAGGCGAACCGUACUGGUAUGGUUUCCUAAGGCAGCCUGUAAAAGUGUAUAUGGUAGGUGGUUCGUGCAUACCCAAACCAAGGUGGAUGGGCAAAGUUCAUAUUCAAUACUGACAGACAGUAUUGCUGGUACAUUUAGGCUUCUACAGUGCUUGUAACAU